AUGGCCCCAAUUAGACUUUCAGACGCUGUUCUGCGAGAGCAUGGGUCUCUGGAGGCUAUGUUUCGAUCCGCGCCCAUGUCAUUGGUCCAAUUCUAUGUGACAAUUGAGCUUGCACGAGAAAUGGUUGGUACUCUUGGUGCCCUUGGAUGCGUCCAAUUCCGUGAUCUCAACUCGAAACUUACUCCGUUUCAACGUACUUUUGUCAAUGAAUUGCGAAGUAUAGAUACAAUGGUGGGACAAUUGAGAUACCUACAUUCGAUUAUGGACAAACAACAUACAUUGAGUGUCGAUUACUAUUCCAAUUUGAAAGCCGAUAGAAAGCCAAUUCCAAGCUCCUCUCAAAUGGAUGAGAUAAAGCACCACAUUCAAGAGUUUCAUGAGCGGAUCAAGCACUUGGAUGAAUCUUUUAACAGAUUGAAUUUACAAAAAUUGAAAUUGUAUGAAAACCGAAACGUUGUCAACACACUUUCCGAGUUUCAUAAAUCCUCGUUGGUUUCCGAUGACUUGAAUGCUACAGUUGAAUAUGCAGCUCGCCAUCUGUUUGAAGGUGGUGGAGACGACAAUGAGGCGUUAUUGAGCCAAGAGCAUCUUCGUGCUCAAAGCCUCGAACUUGGCCUCGAGACAGAAUCAUUUAGCGAGACUGCCAAUUUCAAUGCACUUGCUGGUUCCAUCGCUGCGGAUAAGGUUCCUAUUUUGAGAAACAUUCUUUGGAGAACAUUGAGAGGCAACUUGUAUUUCCACGAUGCUCCGAUGGAAGGUGGCUAUCCUGCCAGUGACAAUUCUGCUGAGUUGGUCACUAAAAGUGUAUUCAUAAUCUUUAUUCAUGGGGAAGCAUUGAGAUCUCGCGUUAGAAAAAUAAUCAGUUCACUUGAUGGACGCAUUUUUGACAAUGCCACAGGCAAUUCAAGUGCUCGUAGAGCUACUUUGGACGAAAUCAACUCAAAAAUAGAAGACCUCAGUAGUGUUGUUAGUAGCACAAAAGACCAAUUGGUGACUGAGUUGCGUGUGUUUCAGGAAGUUUAUCCAGAUUAUAGUUACAAUGUGGAAAGAGAAAGAAUGAUAUUUGAGACAUUGAACAAGUUUGACGAAGAUAGUACUCGUCGUUGCUUGGUUGGUGAAGGAUGGAUUCCUUCGAGUGAGUUUAAAAAGGUUAAGUCUUCUCUUGCGAGAUUGAUUAGAAACAAGACUAAACCUAAUCGUCGAAAUUCAGUGGAGUCUUUACCUGAUUCUGAAACAGCAAAUGAAACUGAUACUUCCAUGUUUGUUAUUGAAGAUAGUGACCAUGAUAUCAGUGGAUUUGAUUUUGUUGGAGGUAAUGAAGAAGACGAUAAUGAUGACGAGGAAGGAGGUUCGUUUGUUGCAGUUGUUAAAGAGUUAACUACUAAUAGAACACCUCCAACAUACCACAAAACCAACAAGUUUACUGCUGCUUAUCAGCUGAUUAUCGAUGCAUAUGGUAUUGCCACUUAUCAAGAAGUCAAUCCUGGUCUUGCCACGAUUAUCACUUUUCCAUUUAUGUUUUCAAUCAUGUUUGGUGAUUUGGGCCAUGGUUUUAUUGUGCUUUUGAUGGCAUUGUAUUUGAUCAAAAAUGAGGUUUCGUUUGGCGCCAUGAGGAAUAAGGACGAGAUUUUUGCCAUGGCGUUUAAUGGAAGAUAUAUUAUUCUUUUGAUGGGAUUGUUUUCAAUUUAUAUUGGGUUUAUUUACAAUGAUGUGUUUUCAAAGUCAAUGAGCCUUUUCUCAUCAGGAUGGGAAUGGAAAAUUCCUGAGAACUACGAUAAAGUCAAGGGAGGCACGUUAAUUGCAUCUAAAAUACCUGGCAAAACGUAUCCUUUUGGUCUUGACUGGGCAUGGCAUGGUACUGAGAACAAUUUGCUUUUUACAAAUUCAUACAAGAUGAAAUUAUCAGUGCUAAUGGGGUACAUCCACAUGAACUAUUCGUUAGCUUUCAGUCUUGUAAACUAUAUUUAUUUCAAAAGAAGAGUUGAUAUUAUUGGAAACUUUAUACCUGGGUUUCUUUUCAUGCAGAGUAUCUUUGGCUACUUGUCAUUGACCAUUGUUUACAAGUGGUGUGUUGACUGGCUUGGCACUGAAAGACAGCCACCCGGAUUGCUUAACAUGUUGAUCAAUAUGUUUUUGUCGCCGGGGACCAUCGAGGAGCCAUUAUACGCGGGUCAAAAAUUUAUCCAGAUUAUUUUGGUGCUUAUUGCUGCUGUUUGUGUUCCAUGGUUGCUCAUAUACAAGCCAUUGACAUUAAAGCGAGAAAACGAUAGAGCAAUACAGCUUGGAUAUUCCGACAUAAACUCACAGAGACAUCAUUCGAUUAUUCUUCAUGAGGUAGACGAGGAUGCAGCAGCAGUAGCAACGUUACAAUCGUCUGAUGGCGACAACGACGAUGAUGAGCUCAACUUUGAUUUAGAAUCUGAGGACGAUUUUAGAUUUCCCAACGAUAUAGAGCCCAUGGUUCACUCUGCAGCAGCACAUGGCGAUGGCGAUGGCGAUGAUGGCGGCUUUAAUUUUGGUGAUAUUGUUAUUCACCAAGUGAUCCACACAAUUGAAUUCUGUCUCAACUGUGUUAGUCAUACUGCUUCCUAUUUGCGGUUGUGGGCACUUUCUUUAGCCCACGCACAGUUAUCCACAGUGUUGUGGUCAAUGACUAUUCAAAAUGCAUUUGGACGAACUGGAACUGUUGGUAUCUUGGCGACAUUCUUUUUAUUUGCAAUGUGGUUCCUGUUGACUGUUUGUAUAUUGGUAUUCAUGGAAGGUACGUCGGCUAUGUUGCAUUCUUUGAGACUCCACUGGGUGGAAGCAAUGUCCAAAUUCUUUGAAGGUGAAGGUUAUGCAUAUGAGCCAUUCACUUUUUCGUCUAUAGAGAUCUAG